AUGCUGGUAAAGCAAUCGAAGCUUCCAUUGGAUGGCAUUGCCACCACCAACUACUUUCAGGCGCUCCAGACGAUGGAGGUCCGGUUUGAAUCGACCGACUUGACGGAGGACCCGACCCUUGGCGUUCAUCACCAAGCUUUACCUUUGGGUGUGAAACGUCCUGAUGCGCUGCAGACCUCGACCGAGUCCGCUUUCUUCGUUGAGAAACAUCACACGAAGAUCAAGAAAGCUACCAGGGCUUCUUUUGUGCCUGAAGUGGCUGAGGCCAUGCUCAGUGACGAUAAAACGGCGCUCCUUAGCCUUUUACCCGACUGUUUUGAUGCCGCCAACAGCAAGGUCGGCAGCAUGUGCAAGCUUCUCAAAACGCCGCGAACCCCGACCACUUUACCAAGAAAGCGGUCAAGUGUCCUCUUGCCUUCAAAAACGUCCACACCCGCCAUUGAAGAGCUGUCUCAUGCUUCCAAAGCCUUGGGCAUGUUUGAGCUCAAGCUCAUGUCCAUUGCCCCCGUUAGCUUUUCCAAUGACCAUUGGAUCCAGUACAUCACUGGCCAACCAGUAGAGUGGAUCCCUGCGCAUCAUGCGCGCCUUCUCCACCCAAACACCCUCCUCCGUCUUCUGUGGUCCAAGUUAGGUGCUCACUGCAUGCAGCAAUGGAAGGAGGUGCAAUGGCAGGGACACCUUCGGGAUAAACUCGAAGCUCUUCAGCAGCUUGAAGGCUUCUACCCUGAAGACUCGUCCGUCUUGCGGCUUCACGCGGUCUACGGCGGGGCUUCGAUGCUAGCGAGUGCGCUGGCCGCCCGUUGCUAA